AAGUUUCAAAUCUGUAAGUACAUACAUCCUUUUCUACCUCCUCCAUUAAUUAGCUAUAGUUUUCCUGUUCGAUCAUUCAGCUGCUAGAGGGAAUGAACACAAUCAGCAAAAAUGCUGUAUAUUUCAUUUUGGUUCUUUUUGCAGUAUUAGUCCAAGUCAGAGGCCGUUCUUUUCGACAUAUUACUACUGUUACUACUAGUGCUCAAUCGAUUUCAGACGGUGUUGAUGAUCAUCAUCAUGAUGUUGGAUUCAACCAAAGUAAUGGGACGAUCAGAAGCUCCUUCCAACUUCUCAAAGGAAUUGACGCCGAGUCUGAGGAGACAUGCGACCAACUGUACGGGUUCUUGCCGUGCUCGAACAGUGUUUACGGGCAUGUGUUCUUGAUGGUGGUGUAUGAGUACUUGUUGUUCCAUGGAGAGUCGUACUUGGCCGCCGGAGGUGAGCAGAUCUUCAAGAUUCUGGGUCCUGGUGUCUUCGGUGCUAGUGCUUUCCAUGUCCUCGGCGCCCUCCCAGAGUCUUUGUUGCUUCUUGCUUCUGGAUUCUUUAACACCAAGGAAAUUGCUGAAGAGUAUGUGUACACUGGAGUUGGAUUGUUGGCAGGAACAUCAAUUUUGCUCCUAACAAUAGUUUGGGGGACUUGUGUAAUUGCUGGCCGGCAACACUUCACAAGUUGUAAUGAUACAAAUUCGUCAACAGCUUUUUCAUGGGAAAGAAUACCUGCAUUAUUGACUAGUUGUGGUAUUACAAUUGAUUUGGAGACCAGAGUCCUCGCAAGGAUCAUGAUUUUCUCAGUGAUUCCAUUUCUUAUAAUGCAAAUCCCCAAUAUCUUCCACUCCUCUUCUACGGAAAACACUUUUAUCUUGAUUGCUCUCGGUGUUUCUGUUGUAUUCCUAUUGUUGUACUUCAUUUAUCAGGUCUUCCGGCCCUGGGUCCAAAAAAGAAGAUUAGAAUUUGUGAAACAUGGGCAUUUGGUAUCAAACAUUUUACAACAUGUGCAAAAACAUGCGCUAGGGAGAAUCCUCACUGUCCAAGGAGCACCUAAUUUACGUGCCAUAAGAAGGCUAUUUGAGGAAAUGGAUGAAGAUGGUGACAAUCAUAUAUCCAUUCCUGAAGUAAAAAAACUUCUUCAGGAAAUCAAAUUCACAUCAUUGGAAAAUGAUGAGGACAUAGGAAUAGCAGAAGUGAUGAAAAAAUUUGACAUCGAUCAUGAUGGAAAAAUUAAUAAAGAUGAAUUCAUGAAUGGCUUCACAAAAUGGCUUGAUGAGUACAAGUCAGUGCAUAAAGAAAAUACCGAAAGAUCGUUGGAGGACAUAUACCAGGUUUUUCUACCUUGGAUUCAAAAUAGAAGAAAAGAACGCGAAAUGAAGAAGAAUUUGAUGUCAGAAGUACUAAGACACGUCCAAAGCAAUUCACUUGGAGCCAUUCUCACAGAAAAUGGCAUGCCUCAUAUGGAAAAUAUUAGAAGCUUGUUUGAACAGAUUGAUCUUGAUGGAAAUAAUAAUAUAUCAGAAGCAGAACUAAGAGAACUGAUCAUGAACAUCAAGUCUGGUAACAUUCCACUCGACGUUGAUGAAUCAGUUAACAAAUUGGUAGAAGAACUUGACACAAGUGGAGACCAUUUGAUUAAUGAGGAGGAAUUCGUUACUGGAUUAACAAAAUGGAUGAAUAAAUCCCAUGAUACCCAAACUCUUUCGUCAUUAGAGUCGGAGGACGAUCUCUACCAAAGAACUUGGGACGCAACAGAUAAGUUGGUCGAUGAAGAAACUAGGAGCGGUGGACCUGUUGACAAGUCAUUAUGGGGUUGGUUCAAGGCCAUUUCAUAUAUGGUGGUCGGGUUUGUUGUACUAGCAGUUCUAGCAGAACCUCUCAUAGAUAAUGUUCAGGACUUCUCCGGUGCUGCAGGCGUACCUUCUUUCUUCGUAGCAUUUGUGCUUGUCCCGUUAGCAACCAAUGCUAGACAAGCAAUUUCAGCAAUUAGAGCAGCAAGUCGCCAAACACCAAGAACCACUGAUUUGACAUUUUCGGAGAUUUAUGGUGGGGUUUUUAUGAACAAUGUGCUGGGAUUUUCUGUGCUUCUGGCCAUAAUUUAUGUUCGUGAAAUGACAUGGGAAUUCUCUGCAGAAGUAUUAGUAGUUCUAAUAGUCUGCAUUGUGGUGGGUCUCAUUGCAAGUUUGAGAUCUACCUUUCCUCUCUGGACAGCAUUCGUUGCCUUCUUGCUCUACCCAGUAUCAUUGCUUCUAGUCUAUAUUAUCAAUGAUGUCAUCGGUUAUACCUAAAUACUGAAACUCUCUGAAGUAAAGAAAUAUAAUUUCGUCCUAAGUAGGCACAUUUGGCACCAAUUUUGCCAUUCGUUUUUGUAAGAUUAGAUUCAGAAAAUUAUGUACUUCCAUUUUUAUUUUAUUUU